GCCAAGCGCAUAGGCCCUCGCAAGAAAGUCGCCCAAAACAGCAUCCAAGAAUGAACAAGCGCGCUGAUUGGACGAGAGGCGAGCGCGGCCCACUGGAGAAGGUAACGAAUGUUUAUAACCGUGCCGUUUCUAAAAUAACAAGGUUGGGAGUCUAAUUUUUGCUCGAUUCUGUGCUCUAACGUUGGUUCCACAUUAUCCCCACAAGUUUAGAUCACUUCAAUCGUGAAAUAUUGUCCUAGCGAGCCACGUGCGCUGUCCCUCGCAAGAAACUUGCCCAAAACAGCAUCCAGAAUGAACAAGCUCUCUGAUUGGCCGAGAGGCCUUGUCGGGAAGGAAGUUUCGCCACUCGCGCUGAGGCAGUUGGUCGUCAGGAGUCGAGGUGUGUUGCUGUUUGCUAGCUCUCUCGUUUUAUUGUCCCAACGUUUCGGAAUGGCCCGUACGAAGCAGACCGCCCGCAAGAGCACGGGAGGAAAAGCACCGCGCAAGCAGCUGGCUACGAAGGCCGCCCGGAAGAGUGCUCCUGCAACCGGUGGAGUCAAGAAGCCGCAUCGCUACAGGCCGGGCACGGUCGCGCUGCGUGAGAUUCGUCGUUACCAGAAGUCGACUGAGCUGCUCAUCCGCAAGCUGCCCUUCCAGAGGCUAGUGCGGGAGAUCGCGCAAGAUUUCAAGACGGACCUCCGCUUCCAGAGCUCGGCUGUAAUGGCCCUGCAGGAGGCCAGCGAGGCCUACUUGGUCGGUCUCUUCGAAGACACCAACCUCUGUGCCAUCCACGCCAAGCGGGUAACCAUCAUGCCUAAGGACAUCCAGCUGGCUCGUCGCAUCCGCGGUGAACGCGCUUAAUGUCGCUUCUUUGGAAGCGGCAGGCAACGCCACAAAAACGGCCCUCUUCAGGGCCACAUCAGACAUGCUUUUCGGACAUGUGUAAAGCGACGUCCUCCCGUGUCUCAAUCUCCGAUGCUGACUUGUUCCAAGUGCAGGAGUUCAAAAGCUGUGAGUACUUUCUAU